UGCCACUAUAAAUACGGAAAAGGAAGCCCUCUCUUCUUCUCAUCUCCCCUGCCGUUAAAUUCAAAUUCCAUCCCACUGACUCUGUACCUUCACUCUGUUCUUCGUACCAUUUUUUGACUUCCGCCGGGAGAAUCAUAGAACAGAAUAUACUAAUAAUGACGACCCCCACGCCAUCAAGAAGGCUGAAAUGGCGGCACCCCUCGCCGCCUCCGCCGCCCCACAGCCCCAAAAUCAUCCACUUGCCAAGAAGACCUCGCCGGAAAAGCCCCAAACCCACCGCCAAGAAACACCCUUUCUCCGCCGAGCAGAAACGGCGCCGCCACUCGCUCGCACCUGUGGAUCUUCACAACGGGUCCUACCCGGAGGACCUGGAGAAUUUCUUCAUCCAUGGGAGAGAGUUCUCGGCUUCCGGCGAUGUCCCCAUUGUGGUUCUGAACUCUGUUUCGUCCACCGAAAACACAGAGAGAAUCGACCACGGCGAUGGCGAAGCGGCGAUGUUUCAGGCGGCGUGUGAUUUCCUGAGGAUGGAGAGAGAGUUUGCUCUGAAGAAGCUUGAGAAAAACAGAGCUCAAACGGACACUACUCUGAAAUCGGCCGUUCAGACUCUGGGAAAGAAGGAAGCUUUUGUAGGAAAGGAGGUGGAGGCCAUUGGAGAGGAAGAGAUUGAGGAUUUGGUUAAGAAGGAGGAGGAGCUGAAAAAUAGCUCCAAGAAAAACAGGGAUUUGGAGAAGAACAAGUGCAGUGACUUUGAUAAGCAAACUUUUCUGUUGCAGAAAAGGAUUCUGGAAAAGCUCAGUGGAUCCUCCUGUGAAAGAUGUCAACAGGACGAUCUCUCUGAAACAAACUCCAUGAUCAGUAAUGGCACCCAAACUCACAAUGAGUCUCUUGAUCAAUCAACAAAUGUAAUUGAGAGUGAGUUAUCAAAGACAAUGGAAGGAGAGUCAAAUUGCAUGUUAGACAGAAGGGAGGCAGAAGAAUAUGGAGCAAUAAACUCAAUCACUGCCAAUAGCUCUGUUCCCAGUUCACCACCUUCAACUUCCAAGCAAAUUGAAAACUGUUCAGUGCCAUCUGCUUUUUCCCCUCAACAACCACAUCAGGCAGGGGAGGAGGAAGGGAAAUGUUCGGGGCGUUGCAAAGCGAUGGUACGGAAGAUCAUAGAGCAAGUGAAAGAGGAGUCGGAGCAAUGGUCCGAAAUGCAGGAGAUGCUGGGUCGGGUCAGGGAUGAGAUGCACCAACUCCAUGCUUCUCGCCAUUUCUGGGAACUCCGAUCUCAACGAUCUUCUCGCCACAUCCAAUCUCUCCGCUUCGCCGUGGAAGAAUGGAAAGAGAGAGCACUUGCCUCCAAAGCUAAAGUUAAUGAGCUGGAGAUGCAGCUAUAUGCCGCUCAAGCCAGUCUUGAAAGGUUGAGGACCAGUGAAGGGGCCAGUACUGACAAGAGCAGAGAAUCAACAGUAGAAUCAACCCACAAUUCUCCCAAGAUUUCAUUAUCCAAACAGAUUGAGAAAGAAAUGGAUGUUUUAGAGACAGCUGAUGAAGAUAUGCCUCCCAUUUCCUUGGCCAAGCAAAUUAAGAAGGAGAAGAAGAAACACAUGAUGCUAUUGAGGCGUCUUACUAAAGGCAAUGAAAGAAGAAGAGCAGAGGCGCGUAGCGACGAAAGAUCGCCACUUCGAGAUGUGGCGAAUUCAUCAGCAUUUUUAGUAAGGCGGAACAACUUAGCGGUGUUCCCGUGGCGUAGUCCUGACCGGAUUAAGGCAGGGCAUUGCAUUUUGAAAGUCUAGCUAGUUCUGUGAAUCACUUGUGUAAGUGUGUUAGAAAUGAAAUCCAAAGUGCAGACAUGGGAAGAACAUGAAUUGUUCAUGCUCUUUCAUGGUAACCAGAAAUUUGUAUUAUAUUAAUUAAUCAUGUUUGAUUGCUCAACAAGCAGUUUAACCAUAGGAUGACAGCAAUCAAACUUCUAGUUGGCUUUUGGUCCAUCCAUUGAAAG